AUGGCCUCACCACCAGUCCCCCGAAAAACCUCGGAGGACGCCAGGAAAGCUUCCGCAGAGAUCCAGAAGGGAUCAGCAGUGACUAGGAAGGGCUCUAGAGACAGCAGGAAAUUUUCUGCUGAGAUGAAGAAAGACCCCGGAGAGGCCCAGAAGAGUGGCGAGGUCAGGAGGAAGACCUCUGUACAGAAGGAGAGGGUUUCAAUCAGUAGCAUGAAGGGUUCAUUCGAGAGCAGGAAGGCCUCUGUUGAGGGCAGGCAAAGUUCCAGCGAGGGCAAGGGCAGUUCGUCCUCCAUCCCUUCCAGUGUGCGACCCAGCAAGGUGCCAUGGGUCACCCUGAUGAGAGCCUUGGGUCGCUUCAAGCUGUCCCUCCCGAAUAUCCGUCAGUACCACAUGCUGGCUGCUCGCGACCCCCUGGCCGUGGACACGGAACUGCCACAUGGGAAGCACAAGGCAAUAGUGAAGAGGUUAUGGGGCAACCACCAGCCUCUCGCCAAGAUCCCGUAUAAAGUUCUGAUUGGGCACGACAACAUUGUGAGUUCCUGCCACUUCUGUGUGAAUGACACCAGGGUUCUCAGUGGCUCCUAUGACUGCUCGGUGAAGCUGUGGGACGCUACCUAUGGAUCUCCAAUUUGGGAUUUUGAGCCACGACCCAAAGCUCCUGUUUUAGAAUGCAGUAUCACGGCUGACAGCAGAAGAAUUGUUGCAUCAUCUUACGAUAAAACCGUGAGGGCUUGGGACGUUGAGACGGGUCAACUUCUGUGGAAAAUCAGGCACGACACCUUUGUAGUGUGCUGUAAAUUCUCUCCCAAUGGAAAGUUCGUGCUCACAGCCUUGGAUGUGAAUCGCGGGAUUUGCUUAAUUGAUCCGGAAAACAUUACCACCAUGAUCCAGAUCAAAGAUCAUCACAGAAGGUCCAUCACAUCAUGCUGCUUUGAUCCUGACAGCCAGAAGGUAGCUUCUGUUGCCAUGGACAGAUGUAUCAAGAUCUGGGAUAUCACAUCCCAAACCACACUGUUUACCAUACCCAAUGCACACCAAAACACCAUCUCAGACUGUUGUUUCACCGUCAGCGGCCACUUCCUGUGUACCGGCUCCUGGGACAAAAACUUAAAAAUAUGGAACAUCCACACGGGGGAGUUUCGAAAACGCGGAGCCUGUGUGACUCUGAUGAGGGGCCACCAGGGCUGUGUGAGUUCCUGCUGCAUUGCCAGAGACAGCUCUAUCCUCAUUUCUGGUGGCUUUGACAAGACGGUGACGAUUUGGGAUGUAGGAGAUGGUUACCGGAAGCUGUCAUUGAAGGGCCAUGAUGACUGGGUGACGGAUGUUGCUAUUAGCAGCAAUAAGAAAUGGAUCAUCUCUGCUUCAAAGGACAACACCUUGAGACUGUGGAAUAUUGAAGAUCUGGAUAAAAUUCCUUUGGUAACUGAGAACAAGAGGACCAUGGGCUGUAAGGUCAAGCAGUGCAAAAGCUGUGACCAGUUUUUCCCCGCCUUUGAAAAUGAGUCUUCUGUACUAUCCAACCGGUGUAUGAUCUGCCGGAGAGAGGAGGACUUAGGAUCUGGUUCCUCAUCAUCGUCACUGGAAGAGAGAGAAGCGGUCCAGAAGAAGUUUUGGGCCUGGGCUGGCAAGGAUGGCCGCAGCUCUCUUGACACCCAAGAAAAUAAGCAGCCCGGCCGUACUGGUUCUGACUGCUGGCCCAGCUGCAACACAGGAGAGCAGGCCCUGUACCUCACCUGGGGCACACUGUUGACCUGUUGGCAAGGCCAGCCGCAGGUGAGCAGGCCUGUGGGCGUCAGAGCAGGAGAGCGGGCCCUUCUCUGCACUGUCUGCUGCAUUGGCGCCACUGCGGCUCGGCGGGCGCGUCACGUGGCUGGCGCGGCGCGGCCUCCCGGCUCCAGGCUCCGGCGAGGGGCCGGGCGGGAGGACAGACGGACCCACCGACGCACCCUCCUCGGCACCGUGCGGCGCAGCUCGGGGCGGCCCGGGGACCGACGGGCAGGGCGCGCCGGGGCAUGGGCGCGCCGGAGGUGUCCGUGCUCAGGCCGGGCUGGGCGAGCCGGCCGCGGCUCGGGGACAGCGGCGGGCGACGGUCCUCCUCGGCCACCGCCGCUGAGCCCCCGCGGGGCCCGUGACGCCGCGGCCGAUGUGGCCCCGCGCGUUGCGGGCCUGCACCGCCGCCGCACAAAGACGCCGCCGCAGCCGCCGUCAGUACCCGGGCCGCAGCCGCCGCGCCAGCCCUAG